AAAAACAAUGUUUGAAAUACUUUUCUAUUAAAAUAAUAGGUACUCUUGCUCUCAUUUUCUGACGCCGGUGUACAAUUCCGUUCUAGAUCUCCUAGCUGGGACAAAUUCCGUUAACAUGACAAUUUUACAAAUCGCGAUUCUCGGCGCCGGAAUCUUCGUCAAAACGCAGUACUAUCCGCGGCUGUCCGAGAUUUCUGAUAUCGUUUCCGUCAAAUUCAUUUGGAGCCCCUCUGAGGAAUUCGCGAAAAGUGCAGUUGAAAUUGCGCGUAAGCAUUUCGGUGGUUUGGAGGCCGUCUGGGGAAAUCAACGACUUGAUCGUAGUAUUAAUGAAGGUUCGUGUCUUGGCGUUGCGGUGGUUCGUGCUAGACAAUUUCAGGUUGAGAUGACAAAUGUAUAUUCAUUUUUGGCUGGGAGGUUUUAUUUUGGAUAUGUGAGUGCAUUUCAUUGCUGGAUUGAGGAUGGUAGUCAGGAAAUUCUCUAAAUUCCAUGGUUACUAAAUUGUAGUUCAGGUUAUUUUAAGAUACCGCAUUCUCCUAUUCUUACUAAGCUAAUCUUGCUUUUUAUCAAACCUAAUGGCCACCCCAUGCAAAAGUCUCCAGCUAGUACAUUGCCGAAUCACCUCUCAGAACUCCACUUAGGUGCAUACAGCUCUGGGUAUAUGUGAAGUGGAAUUCUAUGUCCAUGACAUAGCUUUUUCUUUUUCACUGGUUACUUGCUGCCAGAUAUCUUCUUACUUGCUUAACUUAUCACCUCAGAAACCACAUAAUCACAUACUUACUUAAAGCAAUAAACUCACUUAAAGUUGUGAGGGUGGGCAUUUAUUUUGAUGGGUUACAGUUUUAUCUAUCAAUGAGCAAAAGAGUGAGGUUUAAGUUUUAGAAACAAUAGGUUUCUUUUUGCACACUAUGUUAGCCAUACUUGAAUUCUGAAUGUGAUCUCUCUUGCCUCUGUGGGAAGCUCCAUGGAUGUGAAGUUGUCUCAGUAUCAGCCACAACCUCUCAAGUGGACGAAACUUUACCUCCACACGAUAGCAUAUCAUGCAACUUGUAAUUCAUCUCCAGAAUGAUAUUUGAUUGCUUGAGAAAGUCUUUCUGACAAAAAAGGGAAUACUAAAUAUGAGUAUUUAUAAUUUCCUUGUCUCAGUCAACUGGAGAAUGAUGCUCUGCUGUUUUCGAAAUGGUUGUCUCCAGUAGAUCUCCAAAGGCAUGUGGUGAAGUUAAAAUCUAUUUCAAACAUUUUUUGUGCUCAUUGUUUAUUCUUAUUGUUUGGUAACUUUAGAUGCUCUGGCCAGUUGUUGGCCUGAAAGGAACAAUACAAAUUGAGCAUGGAAACCAAAAUGGAUGCCAUGGUUACAAGGUAUAUUGAAAUGUUAUUUCUUAUUCUAGUGACGGUAAUUUAUAUGGUUGAAAAUCAUAAGUGGAAACCAAAAUGGAGUCCUUCAAUGUAUUUAUCAUUCUUUCAGCCUUGAGACUGACAUGGUUAUCUAUAUCAAUUGGUGUGAAGUGACUCUUUUA